CAGGGGCAGGGCUGGCCCCAGCGCCCAGAGUAGUGGUGGUGGCGGUGGCGUGGUUGCGUCGCGGGUGCUUGGGAGCCUAAGCCCUGGGGGGAGCCUGAACUCGGCAACUCCUCGGGCAGCCGCACAACCCCUUGGAAGAGGCACUACCCAAUUGGCGCGGGGGGGCAGCGCGAGCGCCCCGAGGGGCUUCCGCAGUUGAGGAGAGGUGGUGGUAGGGGGGUGACAGGGCACAGGUGACAGGGCCGGAGAAAGAUGGAGCAACCCGGGGCGGCGGCGGCGUCGGGAGCGGGAGGCGGCCCCGAGGAAGCCGGCGGGGGCCGGAGCAACAAGCGGAGCACGGGCAACCGGGCCGCCAACGAAGAGGAAACGAAAAACAAACCCAAAUUGAACAUUCAAAUAAAAACUUUGGCAGAUGAUGUGCGUGACCGAAUCACGAGUUUUAGAAAAUCUACUGUCAAAAAAGAAAAGCUCCUUAUUCAACAUCCUAUUGAUUCUCAAGUUCCAAUGAGUGAAUUUCCAGCAGCUCAGCCAUUGUAUGAUGAAAGAUCUUUAAAUCUGUCAGAAAAGGAAGUACUGGAUCUCUUUGAAAAAAUGAUGGAAGACAUGAACCUUAAUGAAGAAAAAAAGGCUCCUUUAAGAAACAAAGAUUUCAGCACAAAGCGUGAGAUGGUUGUCCAGUAUAUUUCUGCCACUGCUAAAUCUAUAGUUGGAAGUAAAGUUACGGGUGGGCUGAAAAACAGCAAGCAUGAAUGCACCCUGUCUUCACAAGAGUAUGUUCACGAAUUAAGAUCUGGUAUAUCAGAUGAGAAACUUCUUAACUGCCUAGAAUCCCUGAGAGUUUCUUUAACCAGCAAUCCUGUGAGCUGGGUUAACAACUUUGGCCAUGAAGGCCUUGGACUCUUACUGGAUGUUCUGGAAAAGCUUCUGGACAAAAAACAACAAGAAAAUAUUGAUAAGAAGAAUCAGUAUAAACUUAUUCAGUGUCUUAAAGCAUUUAUGAAUAAUAAGUUUGGGUUGCAAAGGAUUUUAGGAGAUGAAAGAAGUCUUUUACUAUUGGCAAGAGCAAUUGACCCUAAACAACCCAACAUGAUGACUGAAAUAGUGAAAAUACUUUCUGCUAUUUGCAUUGUUGGUGAAGAGAAUAUUUUAGAUAAACUUUUAGGAGCCAUAACUACAGCAGCAGAAAGAAAUAACAGGGAACGAUUUUCACCAAUUGUUGAAGGAUUAGAAAAUCAUGAAGCCUUGCAAUUACAGGUGGCCUGCAUGCAGUUUAUAAAUGCCCUUGUUACUUCCCCUUAUGAACUUGAUUUUCGAAUACAUUUAAGGAAUGAAUUCCUACGUUCAGGACUAAAAACAAUGUUACCAGAUUUAAAAGAAAAAGAAAAUGAUGAGCUCGACAUUCAGUUGAAAGUAUUUGAUGAGAACAAAGAGGAUGAUUUAACUGAAUUAUCACACCGUCUCAAUGACAUUCGAGCUGAAAUGGAUGAUAUGAAUGAAGUAUACCAUCUUCUUUAUAAUAUGUUGAAGGACACUGCUGCUGAAAAUUACUUGUUAUCCAUUCUGCAACAUUUUUUGCUCAUCAGAAAUGAUUAUUAUGUCAGGCCACAAUAUUAUAAAAUAAUUGAGGAGUGUGUUUCACAGAUAGUGCUGCAUUGCAGUGGUAUGGAUCCAGACUUCAAGUAUAGGCAAAGAUUAGACAUUGAUUUAACCCAUCUGAUAGAUUCUUGUGUGAACAAAGCGAAAGUUGAAGAAAGUGAGCAAAAAGCAGUGGAAUUCUCAAAAAAGUUCGAUGAAGAAUUCACAGCUCGACAGGAAGCUCAAGCUGAGCUUCAAAAAAGAGAAGAAAAAAUCAAAGAACUUGAAACAGAAAUCCAGCAACUUCGAACCCAGGGACAUGGGCUCACAAGUUCAUCAGGAAUUCCAGGCCCUCCUCCACCACCUCCAUUGCCAGAUGCUGCAGUCUCUGGACCACCACCUCCACCGCCGCCACCUCUCCCUGGUGCAAUCCCUCCUCCUCCUCCGCCACCUCCUUUAGCUGGUGGUAUUCCACCACCACCACCUUUGUUUGGGGCACCUCCUCCACCACCACUCUUUGGAGUAGCUCCUCCUCUACCAGGAGCACAGUUUGAUCUGCCUUAUGGAAUGAAACAGAAAAAAAUAUAUAAGCCAGAAGUACCCAUGAAAAGAAUCAACUGGUCUAAGAUUGAGCCCAAAGAAUUAUCUGAGAAUUGUUUCUGGUUAAAAGUUAAAGAAGACAAGUUUGAGAAUCCAGAUCUCUUUGCAAAAUUGGCACUGAACUUUGCAACCCAGAUAAAAGUUCAAAAAAAUGUUGAAACUUCAGAGGAAAAGAAGUCUAUGCCUGCAAAGAAGAAACUGAAAGAAUUGAGAAUUUUGGAUUCCAAAACAGCUCAAAAUCUGUCAAUAUUCCUGGGAUCAUAUCGCAUGCCUUAUGAAGACAUAAAAAACAUGAUCCUGGAAGUUGAUGAAGACAUGCUGAGUGAGGCCUUAAUUCAGAACCUAAUAAAACAUCUUCCUGAACAGAAGGUACUCAAUGAACUAGCACAGCUGAAAAAUGAAUAUGAUGACCUCUGUGAGCCCGAACAAUUUGGAGUUGUGAUGAGCUCAGUGAAAAUGUUGCGGCCUCGUCUCAAUAGCAUUCUUUUCAAGCUCAUGUUUGAAGAACACGUAAACAACAUCAAACCAAGCAUCAUAGCAGUCACUCUUGCCUGUGAAGAACUGAAGAAAAGUGAAAGCUUUAACAGACUUUUAGAGUUAGUUCUUUUGGUUGGAAACUACAUGAAUUCAGGCUCGAGAAAUGCCCAGUCACUGGGAUUUAAAAUCAACUUUCUUUGUAAGAUCAGAGAUACUAAGUCAGCAGAUCAAAAAACAACCCUUUUGCAUUUUAUUGCUGAAAUAUGUGAAGAAAAGUACCGGGAUAUCCUAAAGUUUCCAGAAGAAUUGGAACAUGUAGAAAGUGCAAGCAAAGUUUCGGCUCAAAUUCUCAAGAGCAACCUUGCAGCAAUGGAACAACAAAUUGUUCAUCUGGAACGUGACAUCAAGAAAUUCCCCCAAGCAGAAAAUCUACAUGAUAAGUUUGUGGAAAAGAUGACGAGUUUUACAAAGAGUGCCAGAGACCAGUAUGAAAAACUGUCCACCAUGCACAACAACAUGGUCAAGCUCUAUGAGAAUCUCGGAGAAUACUUCAUCUUUGACUCUAAGACAGUGAGCAUAGAAGAAUUUUUUGGUGAUCUCAGCAACUUUCGAACUUUGUUUCUGGAAGCAGUGAAAGAAAACAAUAAGAGAAGAGAAAUGGAAGAGAAAACUAGGAGGGCAAAGCUUGCAAAAGAGAAAGCUGAACAAGAAAAGUUGGAACGCCAGAAGAAAAAGAAACAACUCAUUGAUAUAAACAAAGAGGGUGAUGAGACGGGCGUGAUGGAUAAUCUUCUAGAAGCCCUACAGUCAGGUGCAGCAUUCCGAGACCGGAGAAAGCGGAUUCCAAGGAAUCCAGGUAAGUCACAUUCCAGUUCUCAUGGUUUUAUAAAAUGUGAAUGUGAAGAACUGAAUACACCCACCCUGCCCCACAUAUCCAUGAAACUUCUGCAUGAAGACUUUUUUUUAACAGUUGGUCUCAGCUCAUGUAGGCGUCUUUAUCUACAUGACUGUGAAUUUCAGCUUACUACAGAAUGCAAAAAAACUGGAACCAAGUGAUCCUGCUGUGUUUAAUAUUAAAUAUUUUUAAUUGUUAUUUUAAGAGCAUGUGGUAUGGGUGGAAGGUUGUAUAAAACUAUAAAUGUAAUUAAAUCAUUAGAAGUAAUUGACCCUAAAAAUAUCACAUUAUUUUUUCACAGGUAAGGACAUUGAGAUAAUGCUUGUUCCUAGAGGCCAUUUUGAUUUUACAAUAUACUCUGUUCGAUAUUACUCAUGUUGAUAAAGGGAGGAGAAACACAUUUCCAAAUUCGAAAGUAUUGAAUGAUGUCUUUUGGGUAUAUUUCAUCAGUAACAGAUAAAACUCUAGUACUAAAUUUAUCUUGCAAAAGAAAAAAAGCGUAAAACAUUUAAGAGUCAAAAAUAAUUUUCCUCACUUAAGUAUAACUAGAAAGUUGUCCACUUUAUCUGUUUGUUCCCCUUGACUUCUAUCAGGAAAACCCAGUAAUGCUUAGCUAUCUACCACCUCUAAAUAAGGUUUUAUAUUUUUAGUUCAUAUCUUUCUUGAAUUGGAAAAUAAGUUAGUUUGGUUAAUUUUAAAUGUCCUUUCAUCUGAUCAAGGCUAUGUAGAAAAAUGAGCAAAGAAAUUUGAGGUAGACAUUUGGCCUAGUAGAUAAGACUGAGUUGAGAUACCUACUUCCCAUACCUAGUGUGGCUGUUGAAUCAGGCUUUGUGCUAAGGCAUCCCCUUAGGAUGCAGCGGUAAUGACUCAAAUGGUUGGGUUCCACUGAAUUGAAUUCUUGGAUCUUGGCUUCAGUACCCCUGCCAUUGCAGACCCUGGGGCAAUGAAUAGUGAGUGGGAGACUGAGUUUUCUCUCUCUCUCUUUAUCUCAAAUAUUUUAAAAAUUUAUUUAUUUAUAUAAAACAGUUUGACAGAGAGAAUAGUAGAGACAGAUAAGCCCCAUUCAGUUGUACCCGCUGCAAAUGAUUGCAGGUUUCAUCCAGGUUUCCCACAUGGGUAGCCGGGGACCCAAGUAGCUAGGCCAUCUGCUACUGCUUUCCCUGUCAUGUAAGACGGACAUCAUAUCUGAAAUGGAGCAGCCAGGACUUGAACCAAGACUCAUAGGGAAUGUCAGCAUAACAGACAGUAGCAUUACACACUAUGCUGCAAAACUGGCCCCUCAAAUAAAUGUGUUAAAAAAAUAAAGAAUCGGUAGUUAAUAUGUGAACUCUACUUAAUUUAGAAUAUCAAACUUUGCCAUGAAUAGCCUAUAAUUCAAAAAAUAUUCUGUAUCUGCACUGGAAGUUUUCCUAUACCACUGGAAUAAAAAUUGUUAGCUCUCAAAAUAAUUGUAUUCCAACAAGCCAGUGAAAGUAAUGGGACCCCAUGUAGAGAUGUCUGGGAAAGCUUUUGAUGAUGAUGAAAUUUAUGGCAGAAGACGAUGUUAAGUUACAUUCAUCUUUUUUCACAUUUGAGUAAAUCCUGAUGGGUAAUGGAUAAACAUUAUACUGUGGCUGCUCAUGGACAGUCCUGGGGAGAUUAGCCUGAAGGUAAGAUUUGAUUACAGGAAAGGUAGCGUUUUGGUUGGAGUUUGAAACUGUUUUCUAUGCAUGAAGACAUUGAAAAUGAUCUGCAAAAAGAGUGGAAGAGUAGAGGAAAGAAAGGAAAAUCUGUGCUUGUGUGUUAAUAUUAAUGUAAGCUAAUACUGCAUGGCUGAAUUGCUAAGAACAGAACUGACCUAUGAGGCAGCCAUUCUACCUACUCCUGUCUUUUGUCUACAAAAUGAGAAUGUUCGGCUGCAUUAUCGGAGGCCCCUACCACCUCUUAAGGACAAUAAAACCUUAACUGCUCUUACUUGUCCUAUCAGAGCAAUAAUAAUCAAUAAAAGGUGAGCUCAAAAAAUUUUGCAUCAAUUCAGUUCUCUGUUAGGCAGCUGAUAAGGGAAGCAUAUUAUUCGAGACUAUAAAUGGCUGCCAUAAUCUUCCCUGUCUGCUUAUAUAUUUUUUUAAAUACACAUUUGCUAAGUCCCCUGUCUGAUAAGUCUCAGACUUUGACUUGAUUUUAGAGAGAAUUCAUUCUGUAGGGUUUCUGUGAGUUUUGUAAUCAUCGGGAUAUAGUGUUGGCAACUGCGAAACAAUGAGACUCACAAACUGCAUCAUUUGAUAGCACUAACUCCACGUAGUCUAAAUCAGGAUCUCUUUUGUUUUGUGCCUAGUGUGCCUCUGUAAACAUAUGGGGUCUGAAAUAUCAACCCCUUUAGGGUGUAGCAAUCAUCAUAAGUGGCAGCAGCCAAAGAAUAUAUUCAGAGGUUGAAAGAAACUAGAUGGAUGUGGCUAGGAUCAUUAAAGCACUGUUAGCACCAGCAGAAGACUUGGAAGCAGAAGAGAGGGGCCAGAAGGCAGCAAGUUUACAAAUGUGCCCAAAACUCCAGAAACAGAUAUAGUGGAGAAUUUUCUAGGUUUCUUCUUUGUUUCAUCCUUUCUUAGCUAGAUCAUCUUUUCUUGCUGAUUCUCUGUUGUUGUCACUUUCUUGGGCAUCUAAUUGGGUACCUUUCCAGGAUCCUGUUCUCUUGGUAUUGCUCAGCUUUCCCUGUAUAGCACUGAUGCCCUCAUUCCUUUCCGGUGAUCUCUAUUUCAACAUGAUAACACAAAACCAGAAAAGUCAAAAUACAAAAAAGGCCGUUUUCCCCCCAAGUAAAGUAGAAUAAGAAAUAGUCCCAAGCAAUCUGUAAUCAGAGUUAACUACAAACAGGAAGGAUGCAAUGUUUUGCUUGCCUUCUCUAUUAUCUUCAUUUACAGAUGGGAAUUACUGUAAGUAAAAUACAGAGCUCUGCUAUGUGCUUCUUAGUGCAACAUUUUAAAUCCCAUGUUUAAACAAACUGAGGCGAUAGUCUUUGUUCUUCAUUAAAAACUCAAAAUGUUGGUAAGUGAUAUUGUCAAUUGCCUAAAUUAGCAAUCUCUUAUACUGAGCCUGUGUCACCUCCCCAAAAGCCACCACAUUAGGGAACUCAGAAUGAGUCCCCAAAUACUGCCUCUCUCACAUAUGGUUGGGUGUGCUGUUUCAGUUAGUAAGUGCCAAAAUACUUUCAAAGGGAGAUCCUCAUAUCAUGGGUGAUAGUGAAAAUAUUAACUCAUGUGCCAAAAAGCCUGACCAUUCAGAAGGCAUAGAGGUAAUAGCCAUUUUGCUUGUAAUGAUAUAUAUUGACUGCAUAUUCAUACAAUCAUAGGCUCUGCAGAUGUAAACCUCAAACAUUAGGAAAUGAGGCCCAAACAUUCAUUCAUUUAUAUACAUCUGUUUCAUCCUAGACCUGAUAGAAGAUUUAAAACUUAAGAUUUUAUUAUUUGUAAGAUCUUUAGGUUUUUUAGGAAAGAUAAGAAAUUAUGGCAAGUCUACAGAUUAAGGCAGAAAGUAUCAUAUAAGAGAUGCAAAGAACAUACUGUGAGUUUAGAGGAGAGAGACAGUAUGCCAUUUUUGAUAUGUCAGAAAAAUCAUGACAGCAGAAAUAGCUUUGAAGGAUGAGCAGGGAUUUCAGCAGUGGUGGUUAGAGGUGAGGAAAGAGCAUUCUAGUCAAAUUAAAUAUCAUUAAGAAAAAAAAUAGAGUUGAGAAAGUGCAAAAUGUUUCUCAAAAAUGACAGUGCAGUAAGGAAGAAAAUAGGAUACAUAACAUUAAAUUAUGGAGAUAACUCUGUAAAAAUACAUUCACACCACCUCAUUGACUGCUUAAAUGAGACACUUAGGUGUGAACACAAUUCUUCGGCGUUGGGGAUCUAUUGAGGUGUUUAAGCUAGGGAAGAACAGUAAUCCAAUUUUGGGUUAGGUCACUCACUUUACAGACAUGGAAAUAAUGAACUAGGAAUCCUCUGGCACAUUUUCAAAGAAGAUGAUUUACAGGGAGAAAAGCAUCAAGAAGUCGAAGAAAACCAUAGAAUUUUGAGUUUGACUAGCUUGGAGGAGUAAUGAGGUUGCUAAACCAGGAAUGCCAGUAUUGUAGGUUGAACAAGAUUUGGUUUCACAAACUCAUCUGAAUGCUAAAUAUCCAAAUUUUAAAUUAACGGUACAUGGAUUAAUGUUUGUUAGAUCAAGGUGAAGGCUUGAUCAAAUUAUGUCGUCUGAAGGUUGGAGUUUUAUGAAGCAGUUGGAAUGAAUUAGGUGCGAGAAUACAGCCCUAUGAACAAUUUGACAGGAGAGGGAGAGACCACAUAAACAAUAGAGAAAGAGUGGGUAUCCUGCAUCUCUCCUUACUGGCCAUGAACAUGUACCUCCAUGUAUGUUCCAGUAUUGUCAGUCUCCUCCAGAUGACACACAUAUGUGGCUGUUCCACUUUGUACUACGAACUUCGAAACUACAAGCCAAAAUAAACCUUCUUUUCCCUUUCUGAUUUGCUCCUCACAGUAACUUGCUUAAAGUAACAAAAAGUUGACUCAUUUAAUCAGGAAAAGCAGUAAUUUUGAUAGAAGAAAAUGAAUUCUGUGCAGAACAAGUUAAUCUGAAUGUGGUAGCAGAGCAUGCACAUCAUGAUAUCCAGAAGGUUCUUGGAAGUAUGGGUGUAGAUUUCUUGAUAAAUUUCUGGGGUUAUUGAGUGUUCUGGUUGUAGCAUGGAAUAGACGCUUUUCCUAGAGGGAUUAUUAAGAGAAAAAGGAGUCAAAAACAGAAUCUGAAAACGCUGCUAUUUAGACGGGCUAAAUGAAGAGUUAGUAAGGAAGGUAGACAAGGAACACUUGUAAGAGGAGGAUUCUCACUGUUAUUUUCUUUAAAGCAAAGGAAGGUGAACUAUUAAGAAGAUAGAAAGGUAGUAACUUUCAGUAAUGACAGUUAUUGUCGGAAUAAAAAGUAAAAAUCAGUGAUUUCCCUGUUGAUCAGGUUUCUAGUACAGACCUUCCAAAUGCUGGAACUGGACAAUGGCCAUUGGCAAAGUGUGUGGGGCUGAAGGGGGAGAAUGAAUAUCUCUCUUUUAGCAUAGCUCUUACAGUAGUGUAGUGAACAGUACUGCUUAAGCCUCAGAGUCUUACGGGUAUUUUAAGAGAAUGUAAAUUUUUUAAUUUGCUGUAAAUUAUAACCUUCCCAAACUCUGUAAAUUUGGCUCUGUUAUGCAUCAUCGAAAGACCAACCCAUGACAGACCCCACGCAUGAUCUUUCCUGGGUGACUGAGAUCUGCUGAGGUUUUGCAUUAGCUUUGUUUUAUUAUUACUAGAUCAUUGCUUCCAUGUUGCUUAUUACUUCUUUCUCCCUUAGAAUGAAUUCUUCCCCAUGAGAUUGAUGAGUCUCUAUUUGGUAAA